AUGGCAAGCCAUGGCGUAGCUCGCACCACUCGGACACGUACCGAAGAACAGAGGCUGCAAGACCUCGAAAAGAUCAAGAAAUACCGCGAUCUCGAGACCCAGAUACGCACCCAAGUAGCGUCGGGAACCUACACCCUGGAUCUCUUCGAGCUUACUACCAAGCUCCUCCGUCACAACCCCGAAUACUACACCAUAUGGAAUGUUCGGCGCCGCUGUCUGAUAUCUUGUCUAUUAUCCGGGACAGCAGACCAGACGACAUCAGACGCUCAGGAUGAGACAUCAAAUACCAAAAACCAAGAUUCUGACAGCCAAGUGUUGCAGUCUGAAAUCGCCUUCACCAUGCCGCUGCUAUUGGAGUUUCCGAAAUGCUACUGGAUCUGGAACUUUCGACAAUGGCUUCUGUCACAGGCCAUUCAACGACUGCCUCUCCCGGUCGCACGCAAGAUUUGGGAGACAGAGCUCGGUCUGGUAUCCAAGAUGCUGAAUAGGGACCAGCGCAACUAUCAUGCCUGGGGUUAUAGGAGACUUGUGGUGGCUCAGCUGGAGAGCUCCAAGCUGGAUGGCAAGAGCAUGGCUGAGGAUGAGUUUGCGUACACAACCAAGAUGAUCCGACAGAGCUUGUCCAACUUUUCCGCGUGGCAUAACCGAAGCCAGCUCAUUCCAAAGGUCCUGGACCAACGAGGCGCGGAUGACAAGGCCCGAGCCGCUUUUCUUAGCGAGGAACUAGAUCUCGUGCGAGAUGCUCUGAAUGUUGGCCCUGAGGACCAAAGCCUAUGGUAUUAUCACCAAUACCUGGUGUCCCAAAUCGUGGGGGAUGGAAAUAGGCAGAGCAUCACGCCGGCUUUGACUGUUGACGAAAAGAUUACCUACCUGAAGCAUGAAAUCGAUGAAAUUAAGGACCUGUUAGAGGACUACGCCGACAUCAAAUGGAUCUACGAGGCUCUCUCAGAAUACACAGUAGCAUUGGAGAGGUUACAACGCACUGACAGCAAUAGCGCUGAGGCUGGCGACUUGCAGGUCUGGCUCUCGAAGUUGCGGACUCUAGAUCCGAUGCGCACGGGCCGAUGGAACGAUGUCGAACAACUGGCAACAUGA